UAUUGCCGCCGCAUUAAUUAUUUGUUCUAAGUUUCAAAUCAGUUUAAUUUGGUAAAAUCUUAUCUAUAGUGUUGUGUUGUCACUGUGUUUUAAUUCAAGAUGAUAUAAAUUACCUUUAAAAACUAAUAACAUAUUCUAUCACCUUUUUUGUUUUCUCUUAAAAUGUGAAGGAAGUAAAUACAACUUCGUUCGAAGACCUAUGAACAAACCAUUCUUACCCGCCAUUUGUUGACGGGAUUUGAACAAACGAAUCUUACCAAUGUCGCCAAACAAUUUGGUAGUUGUAUUGAUUACAGAAGAUGGAUAUAAAGUAUUUAAUUUUGUUUCAGUAUUUACUUACGUAUAGAUGUUUUGAACCUCACGUCUAAGAACUUAAAUCUGUUUGUGAACAGUUAGAUGGUUAUGAAUGAGUGACAACUGCAAAUCAUGAGCAUAAAAUUUAUUAGAGCUAAAUGUUCAUUAUGUAAAGAAAAAAUAUGUAUUGGAAUCAAACCAUUUAAAUUAUUUUUGUUUUGCAAGGUUAGUUAUCAGAGUUGACAAUAUUCAAUCCUUUGCCAGCAUGUUUUUUAACCGAGCUCAGAACUUUUGCUCAGGCAGCAGAUCAGAGCCAGUAAACCGAGCACCUACUUGUGGAAGAAGUGAAAAUCCUUCCGAAGGGCACAAAUUGUGCGACAAGGAACACGAACAACAAAUAGAUAAUUCUAGCACAGUACUGGAAAAAAUAGCAAGUUUAUAUGCUGAACGCCUUCUCAGUGACAUUACGUUAGAAGUUGGAGGAAAGCAGUUUGCUGCACAUCGCCUUAUUCUUUGUGCUUCCAGUGAUGUAUUUCAGGUAAUGCUAAUGAAUCCAAACUGGAGUGAGUCACAAGAAACAAAAAUAUGUUUACAAGAAGAUCCUGCUUGUGUUCUUGUAUUCCCAGAUUUUUUGAAAUACUUAUAUACUGGAAAACUGCAUAUAAACCAUUUUCUGGUCUUACCUUUAGUAACUUUAGCAGACAAAUACAAUGUUAAAGAUUUGGUUCACCUUUGUGUAGAUUAUAUGUGCCGCCAUGUUGUUUCUGCAACUCGCCAUAAUCAGCUGGUUCUGUGGUUGCAAUACACUCUCAACUGUGGACAUACCCUUGUAUACAAAGCAUGUGCAAGUUUUAUUUCUUGGAAUUUCGAGCUUGUUUGUGAUAUGGAAGAUUUUGGCACAUUAGAGACUGAUGUUCUUGUUAGCUUCUUGCAGAAAUCUGAUCUGGUCAUUAGUGAUGAAAUUUCAGUUUUCCAUUGUGUUGCAAAAUGGCUUGCAAUUCAAGAGCAAAAAUUAAAAAACAUGCAUGGAGAGAAUGAAGCUCAGUAUCAUUUUAGUAAUCUUGUGACAGAUGUCAUGUCGCAUGUCAGAUUUCCUAUGAUGUCACCAAGACAGUUGGCAAGUCUGCUCAUACAUUCAUUGACUAGUCGAUUUAAAGAUUUUUUCAUUGAAAGAAUGGCUCUGGCUAUGGCUUUUCAUUCCAACAAAAGUGAUGAACGAGUGCUCUCUGUCCUUCAAAAUGAAGAUGGUUGUCUAUUAUUCACACCCCGACUGUACACUGCAGAGAAAUGGAGUGCAUCAUUGUGCAUUGAAAAUUUUCCUUCAUUGCCUAUAUAUGGAGUGAGAACCUUAGUUUUUACCACCCCUGCAAGCUUUGCAGAAUGUCACUCAAAUCAUUCUUUUGAAUGGACUGUCGAUAUAUAUCCUAAAGGUGUAUGGUUUAAAAAGUUUUAUCUAAUUGUAUGGCAAGGAACUUUAGAAGUUCCAGAAUCUGUGUCAAAAACUGUAAGACUCUCUUUAACUCAAAAAGAUCCAGAUGAUAUUGCCCGUGUUUCAGUUGGAAUAUUGAUAUGUGGAAAACAGGAUGGGCUGGAACAUGUUCGAAGAGUGGUUCAAAAGAAUUUUGUAUUCUCUGAUGAAGAACGAAUGUUAAACAUAAAUGAUCUGAUUCCAUAUGAAGAUCUCAAUGAUUUGCGAGCUGGUCGGUCACCGUAUUUAAUAGGAUCCAAUUCAGAUUGUUUGAAAUUGCAUGUUGUUAUUACACCUUUGUGCAAUUUUUAAUCUGGAGCUUCUUCUUAACAGCUUUUCUAUUUUCGUCUGCUAUGUUUCUGUGAGUUUUUCGUAAACAAUUAAACCUUAAGCAUUUCAUGUUUUAUCAAGUUGGUUUAAGAAAAUAUUUGCAUUCUAAUGCAGUGCAGAUCAGUUUCUGAAUAAUUAUGCGAAUUCAGAUUUGUAACAGUCUUCUUGUUUUAAGAAGAUUGUACUUUGAAUAAAUGCUUGUUUCUUUCUUAUGCUUUAAACAAAGAACUGGCACAUUUCAUGAGCAGUAUAACAGUUUAUAUGUGAAUGAAAUUGUAUAAAAUUAAUCUCAUAAUUGUAUAAACAAUUACAUUUUUAAAUAUAAAAAAUUAGAAGAUUUUUCUAAUUACACAAAAUAAUAGAUUAUAAAAAUUUAUAUUGAAUAUUUUUAAUGAAGCAGAAGAUGAAAAUUUAUGAUAAAGCAUGUAAAAAAUGUCCGUAUCGUGCAGGAAUAUCCAUAUUAAUAAAGCUCAAGAUCAUUCUUAGAUUUUCUGUAAUGAAAAGUGAACGAUAAAAAUAAUGAGUCUAUUCUGUUAAAUUGUUUAAUAAGAAUAAGAGAAUUCUGCAUUUAUAUUACCAUGUUUUAGUAGGGAAUGGUCAAACUUUUUCUUUUUAAAAAAAUCUUGUCAGGAAAGAAUUUAAUGUGCAGUUUUAUUAUAUGUCCUAUAGGUUUAGUCUGAAUAAAUAUGUUAUUUAUGUAAGGGAGAUAAUUUGUCUUGAAAACAGGGCAUACAGGAAUUUAGGAAAUUUUUGGAAGGAAAUCAUUUUUUAUGCAUAUAUAAUCUUGAAAAUGGAUAAGUGUAAUAACCCAGGAAGGUGGUUUUUUUUUUUUUUUUUUUUUUUUUUUUCAUUUUUAUUCUUUAUAUAAUUCUUUUCCUCAGAAGUCUGGUUUUAGGCAUGCUUUUGUUUAAGUGUGCAGAAAACUUAGUUGCAGAUGUUGGAAAGGAAGGCAUUAUACAUGUCUUGAAUUUUCGUUAAUAUUCAAGUUAUGUGCUUCUUUAACUAAUUUUUAAACAGAAAUAAAUGGAUGUGCUAUUGCCUUAUAUUGUUUAUUCCAAAGAAAAAUUGUUUGUGGUAUUUGUAGCAAGCUUAUGAGUUAAGCUUCAAAUGUUUGUCUCAUUGUAGUGAUUAUAGAAGUCUUUCUUAAACAUUUCUUGGAUUUUAUUAUUGCUGCCUAGCCAUUAUGUUAAAGAUAAAAUGAUUUUAUAGUUCAGGAAAUGUAAUUUGUUGUGUGAAAUGAAGAUCAAAAUGUUUUUUAUUUAGUUAAAAUUAAUUAAAUGAAAUAUUUUGUCCAUGUUAAGAAGUUAAUAAAAUUUUUAUGUUUUGUAUUUUUGUGGGGCCUUCCAACUUUAUUAACUUACGUAUUUGAGGCGCCAAUGUGUUUGUUCUUUGUUGCAUUAUAAUUCUGUGUAUUCAUUGUGAUAGGUAUUGCAUAUGGAUGUUUCAAUUAUUAUUAAUACAGUACUGAAAGUAUGGCCUUUUUAUACUUUGUAUAAAAUUGUGGUGAAGUUUUUGCUAUUGAUGUUUAUGUGUAAUAUAUCUUAAAGACUUCUAUGUAUUUAUACUUUUAUUGCCUUUUUUAUAUUUUCUACAAUAAACAAAAAUGUUAUCUUUGAGUUAUGCUGUAGACUGAUUGAUGAGAAAAACACUAUUGUUCUGUUAAAAGUCAUUGUUAAAUAUGUAAAAGAUUUAUUUUCUGUUUUGUACUUAAAAUUAUAUAAAGUAUCCAGAAGUAUUCUAGAGGAUAUAAGAUUUUCAGAUAUUUUACAGUUUAUCGUUUUGUAAUAUUUAUUCCCUUUAGCAUGGAGAAAUUUAAUUUUUAUUUGCUUGUAAAUAAAAUACAU